AAAAUGGUUAGGACUCUUUCAGAGGGUAUAUCACAACAAACAGAUAAGAAAACAUCGUUGUGAGGUUAUACUGCUAGCAUUUAAAUGCAGUUCUCGACCGAUUCCCAGGCAGUACCAGAGUAGACUGCGAAUUGACCAACGCCCACUAGUAAAAACCUCUUGAAUUCACCAUGAAAAGGCACUUGGCAGGAUGCCUUUGGUUUUUCUGUUUGGCGUCUAUGGCGAUUUCCAUACUGGCGGAGACGACUACUUCGUCCAAACCAACGGUGGCAUCGGCGUUUAGCUCCAAAUCCACAACGCCUGGGGUUUCCAAUGGGACAAAGGGUGAGCUGCUGCCCAUGGUGAUCAACACCUGGAACUUCACGGCUGCCAAUGUGUUGGCCUGGCGCAUCCUGAAGCAGAGCAGGGGAGGCCUCCGGCAGACACGGAACGCCGUGGUGGAGGGCUGCUCCAAGUGCGAGAAGCUGCAGUGCGACCGGACCGUGGGCUACGGCGGAUCGCCGGACGAGUCGGGCGAAACCACGCUGGACGCCAUGGUCAUGGACGGCGGCACCAUGGAUGUGGGCGCCGUGGCUGGCCUGCGCCGCAUAAAGGACGCCAUCAAGGUGGCGAGGCAUGUCCUGGAGCACACGCACCACACCAUGCUGGUGGGGGAUGCGGCCUCCGCCUUUGCCAGCGCCAUGGGAUUCGAGUCCGAGUCGCUGGUCACGCCGGAGUCGAAGGACAUGUGGCAGCAGUGGACGGCGGAGAACUGCCAGCCCAAUUUCUGGUGGAACGUCCACCCCGAUCCCAAGAUCUCCUGCGGCCCCUACAAGCCACGACCCACUCCGCUGACCCGCUGGAAGGAGGACCGUGCCCGCACUGAGUACGAGAUCGGGCGCAAGAACCACGACACCAUCGGCAUGAUCGCCAUCGAUGUGGAGAGCCACAUCCACGUCGGAACCUCCACCAAUGGUGCGCGUCACAAGAUUCCCGGGCGAGUCGGGGACUCCCCGAUUCCGGGUGCCGGUGCCUAUGCGGACAACGAGGUGGGCGCCGCCGUGGCCACCGGAGACGGGGAUGUGAUGAUGCGCUUCCUACCCACGCUCCUCGCCGUCGAGGCCAUGAGGGCGGGAAAGGCUCCGGCUGAGGCCGCCGCAGUGGGCAUCCAGCGGAUUUUGAAGCACCACAAGGACUUUAUGGGCGCCGUCAUUGCCGUGGAUCGGCUGGGAAACUAUGCGGCUGCCUGCUACGGCCUGGACGAGUUCCCCUUCGUGGUCAGUAGUCCGGCAGGACCCAAUGGACCCACGCGAUUGGAAACCGUCAAGUGCAUAGCGGGUCAAGAACAAGUGAAUGUGGUGCCGUUGGAAAGAGGAAAAAUUUAAAAAAUUAUAACCAAAAUAAAAAAUGUUAAUCUAUUGAAUU